CGGAAACGGACAUGCGCAGGUCGUUCGAUAUUUUGGCUCGUGCAAAGUCGGACGCAUGUCGUUCCGUGAUGUCGCGACGCCGCUGCCGUCGCCCAACGACACGUACGUGGCCAUCGAGGGCACGCCCAAGCACGCACCGCCGGCCUUGUCCAUCCGCGCCAAACACCGCAGCAAUUCGCGGGUCCGCCUCAGUCGCCUCGAAGCCAUGCUGCACGAAGAGCAUGCGAAGGCUCUAGUCCCGACACCGCUCUUGUACGUGACGAUCGCGGUCGCGCUCAUGGGGUCGUUCCAAUUCGGCUGGCUCCUCUCGCAGCUCAACUACCGUCCGUUCAACGUCGACUGUGCGAAGAACCCGAUCCCGGACAAGGCGUGCAUCCUCUUUCCUAGUCACUCGGAGAAGCAAUGGACGAUGGCGGUCACGGCGUGGAUCGUCGGUGGUGCGAUCGGCGCCAGUGGCAGUGGGUAUCCGGCCGAUCACAUUGGGCGGCACUACACGCUGCUUGUCAACGCCAUCGUCAUGGUACUGGGGAGCGCGCUGCAGACAGCCGCCGAUAGUAUCACUCUCUUCUCGAUCGGCCGGCUCGUCUCGGGUAUUGCGUCCGGCGCCGCCAUCAACGUCUGCAACGUGCUCAUUUCCGAGAUCUCGCCCACGCAGAUGCGCGGUAUGUUCUCGACCGGGCUUCAGGUCGGCGUCGCGUUCGGGUCGUUGGCGGUGACCACGGUCCACUACUUUGUCGGGUACGGCAGCGGCUGGCGCAUCCUUGUCGGGUUCCCGACCGUGCUGGGCAUUGCGCAGAUCCUCUUGAUCCCGCUCACGACGAAAAGUCCGGUGUGGCUCGUCACGCACGGCGAGACGGCCCUCGCCUUGACCGAGCUCCAGCAGUUGUACCGCCCGUGCGACUACGAAGGCAUUCUACAAGGCAUGCUAUCAGCCCACGACGACGAGGUCAAGGAGACUGCUGGCGUGAACACUUGGAGCCUGCUUUUCUCGAAGAAGUACCGCCAGCAACUCAUCAUUGCGAUCGUGCUCUGCUCGGCGCAGCAGCUCUGCGGUAUCAACGCCGUCAUGUACUACUCAUCGUCCAUCUUUGCGAGCGCCGGCGUGAGCGACCCGCGCAUUGGCAACACGAUCAUCAACGUCGUGCGCACGAGCAUGAUCUUGGUGGCGGCGCGCAUCAUGGACACGUUCCCGCGACGGACGCUGCUGCUGGGAUUUCUAUCGCUCAUGGCAUUCGCAUCCGGAGGCAUCGUCGUCUCGCUCUUUUAUGCCAGUCCGCUGCUCUCUAUUGCAUCCACCGGGAUCUUUGUCGGCGCGUUCUGUCUCUCGAUCGGCCCGAUGGCGUGGAUGGUGUCGGCUGAAAUCUUUCCCGAUUUUCUUCACGCGGGUGCAGGCGCCGUCGGCACCAUGACCACGUGGCUGGCCAACUUGGUCGUUGGCGUCUUCUACCCGCUCUUGGCCGACCCGUCGGUUCUCGGCAGCUAUACCUUUCUACUGUUUGUCGGGUACCUCCUCGGUGUCCUCUGCUUUGUCUAUUCCGUAGUGCCCGAGACUGCGCAAAAGACGUUUGAUGAAAUUCAAGUGGCCUUUGCCCACCACCCGCCGCGCUCCGUCUCGUCCCAUGACAAGCUUCUGCGUGCGAUCGACGACGAGGAGAGUUCUACUAUAUAAGGUGGACAUAAGUAGGAUGCAUGCGUAGUCUCGACGAGUAGAGGCACGUGUGAGAGUGUUACAGGGGUAGGGUCGACAUGUAGAAAGAUAGACUAACGUUACAUAAAAGUGCUCUCAAAGUCGUGCAGGAUGAGC